AUGGCGAGCGGUCCAGCCACCCAAUCGCUAAAGUGCGUGGUGACAGGUGAUGGUGCUGUGGGUAAAACAUGUCUUCUCAUCUCCUACACAACGAAUGCCUUUCCAGGAGAAUACAUCCCGACUGUCUUCGACAAUUACACCGCUAGCGUGAUGGUCGACGGCCGGCCGAUCAGCUUGGGACUGUGGGAUACAGCCGGACAAGAAGAUUACGACCGUCUCCGACCACUUUCCUACCCACAAACCGACGUCUUCCUGAUCUGCUUCUCCAUUGUUAGCCCGCCAUCAUUCGAUAACGUGAAAGCCAAGUGGUAUCCUGAAAUCGAUCACCACGCCCCUAGCGUCCCUAUCAUUUUGGUCGGCACUAAACUCGACCUGCGAGACGAUCGCCACACCACUGAUGCCCUCCGAGCUCGAAAGAUGGAGCCAGUCUCGUACGAACAGGCCCUGAAUGUAGCCAAAGAGAUCCGCGCACAUAAAUACCUCGAAUGCUCUGCACUGACGCAGCGCAACUUGAAGAGUGUAUUUGACGAGGCCAUUCGGUACGACCCCCUGACGGAACAACCGCCAACGAAAUAA